AUGAGAUCAGGUGGAUUUGGUGGGAUGCAAUAUGGCGACCGCCGUGGGGGCCACGGCUGUGAUGAAUACGCUCAGCUGGCGGGUGGAAUCAGCUGCUGGUUUUGGCAGUACUGUGGAUGUAAGGCAGAGGCUUGUGCUGCGAUCGAGUUUUCUCCCUUCCUACUUCGCCAGGAUGCAGGGGACUCGCUCCCUCCAGCCUUCCAAGUUCGGAGGUGCUGAGAACUCGAGAUGGAAGAAGCCCUCUUCUCGACAACUUUGCUUGUGCCUGAGCUUUCUACUUCUCGGAGGGCGGUGAGAUUCCAGAUACGUUCCAAGUCAGGUGACACGAAACUGGCCACGAACCUGUCAAAUAUAAAUCUAGGUUGUAUUCGUGGCAAUGGGUCACGAAUGCCACGGAGAGUACCAAGAACGCGUUAGAAGAACCAUCAAUUGAAUUCUACUUGCCUGUAACUUUGACGAAUCCUGGUCGGGCCGAGGGCUAAUUAACCCAAAGUGAGUGAUAACUAGUCCCUCCCAUAUGCAUAAAGUAAAAAGAGUUUGACAAUUAAACGUAUCACGUUGUGCAUUAUGAUGAUCCAUGAGGUUAUCACUAUAUCAUGGCAAAUUGACCAUGUUGAGUAAGAAGAUAAAAGUGUGUAAACUUCUUGGUGACCGCUUGUGUUAGAACUCGACAAAAUGUGGCCGGUCUUUAAGUCUGAAACAAUGACACUCUUUAUUAGAGUGCAUAGUGAAUAUGUAUGUAGUCUAGCAUAUGGCAAGCUUUUUGCAGGUUAUGACUUAGGGGGUCUUUACAAAAGCGAGGGUUUAGUUCUGUUAUUGAGAUCUCGUGUCUGCACGAACUAGAACUGUCUCAUUUUCAAUUUUGGUACUCUCUUGUUUUACAAGACACAGUCAAAAGUACUAAAACGAAGUCUAGUACUUUUUACUUGGCGUCUACGCAGUGUUAUGUGGAAUGUAAUAAAUGCAAUCCU